AAAUAACGACAGUUGAUAGCGCGAGAUAAUCUCUCUGUGUCCAUGUCAGCGACUUUAUCAUGCUUACCCCGCGUUUCGCUUGUCGAUGCCAAGGGACUACGACUAGAGAUACCUAAACGGUCAAGCUCUAAUCCAGAAGUGAUAAGGCGUUUGUCGGUGGCUUCUUAUCGGGCUUGGAACUGCCGCGCGAGAGAUCGUCGCUGGAAGCGCUCCUUACGUCCGAGAAGUGAUAUCUCAUGGUGGAGUGGACCAUGAUAGAUAGAUUAAGCGUCAAAUGCCUAUCACAUCGCAUGUAUAUAUACCCAGGCUCUGGUAUCAAUUACCAGUGG